AAGAAGAGGAUGAAUGCAGAGAGACAGUGGGAGAGAUGAGAGAUGAUGCUCUGUCAGAGCUCUUCUUCAUCUCUUGCAGCCCGGUGUGUCCGACAUCAUCAGAGCCCCUGAUUGUCACCUCAGAUCCUCCAGAGCAGCCUAUAGACACCAUGUUGCAUGAGGCCUGGGGUCACGACCGUGGCAACAGAGAUGACCUUAGUGACAGUCACCUCAGCGACUGCCUCCAAGCUGAGCUGGCUAUCGUGUACUCGGACAGCGAUGCAGGUGACGACCAAUGGGCUAGCUUCGCGCUCUGUGAUGUCACCAACCAGGAAGAUGCAGGAGGAGGAAUUCACGAUAGCGUCUGUGAUGGAGAGAGCAAGGAAGAGGAGAGAGGAGGACGCAAUAAGGAGAGAGGGGAAGAAGAGGAUGAGGCAGAAGUAGAGAGUGAAAAAGAGAAGCAAGGAGAGGAGGAGGAGAGGAGGGGAGGCAGGGAUGGUGAUGAUGAAGAACAGAUGAUGUCGAGGAGAGAUCUAUUCCUGCGCUCACCUUCUGUCAGCUCCACAGCCAGCUCCACAGACCCUUACAGAAAGGCUCCUGUAGAUUUCUGUGUGCAAGAAGAGACCCACAGUGAACAUGUCUCCACUGAGCAUGUGGACUUUCUGUUAGCCCGCCAGCAGUGGAGGAAGAUGGAGGAGGUCAAAGGUCAGCCAAUCCCCAAACCAGGGCUCAGAGCUCAGGGGAGCUUCCAGGGCACCCACACUUCACUGUACCCCCCCACUCGCAGCCCCCGACUCAAACACAGGGAGAUCCAUCCACCAGUGCCCAGGGAGCCCACCCUGUCCUCCACCCUGUCCCCCAGUUCAGAGGACUCAGGCCUGGAUGACUUGUCCUACCGCAGCCCGCUAGAGGAGCCAGAGAGUGCAGUGGAGAGAGAGAUCCGACUGACUCUGGAGAGGGAGGAGCGGCACCGCAGAGAGAGGGGGGUGAUUACACAGGGCCUCACUAUACCCAGACCCUCCACCUCUCAGACAGGACGAUCUCCACCCAGACCUCCAGCCUGCCGCACCCCCACCUUGUCCAUCUCCCCAUCCCCUGCAUGCUCCUCUUCCCUUCCCCGUUCUGUCUACCAUGAAAUGACGGCCAAUAAUGUCAUUAUCUUGGAGCCCGACUGCUCCAGCUCCGCCUCCAGGAACCGCUUACUAUCUACCGCAAUCGGGAGCCUCUCCAAUUGGCCGAUUAGCCAGGAUGCUGUGACUUCCGCCAACGUCAUCGUCGUGGAAACCUCCAACCUCAUCAUUCGCAGCGCUUCCGAAUUCUGUCUAAGCUCCGCCCCGGUGUCCACGGAAAUGCAGGAGAGCACCUUCUUGUCCAAUCCGUUCUUUAAGCUACGCUCCCUCAGUAGCCAAUCGCUGGUGGAGCAAGAGAUCCGCAUGGUGAGGCAGAGGGAGGAGGAGUGGAGGAGGCAGCGGGAGGAGAUGUGGAGGAGGGGGAGGGAGGAGGAGUGGAGAGGGAGAGAGAGGUACGACACUGUGCUGGUGUCUCCGGGCCUGAGCGAUAACAUCAGUUUCAACGUGCCAGAGGUUCUAGACAGAUGUGUGUCCUCUCCUUCGUCCCCCUCCAGGACCCGCAAAAUGGAACGAUCCAGCAUGUCUUGUGACCACAAGUUCCCCUCAUCCCUCUCUUCGAUGCCAAGACGACAGAACGCCAUGGCGCAACGAUGGGAGGCCUCCCUAUUAGCCAAUCAGAAGAAGGAGUAACCAACAACGCUCAGCUGUCAGCCAUUUAAAAGCCAAAAUGACAUCUUACGCCUCUGUUACUUCCUACUGCUGUCCAGAAAAGUCACACAGUGUACUGCAAUGUUUGUCAAAACUUUGGGUUUGAACCAAUGGGUCACAAAUGUGUUGUCUGUGGGAUGCCCUGUGAGAGGACUGUUUAUAGAUGUUUAUGAAUUAUGGUACUCGUACAAAUGUAGAUAUUUUUUGAUUUUUAUGACUAUGACUGACUGUAAUGUAGUGAUUUUAAACUUUUUCUGGGCAGUCGCCCAGAAAUUAAUUUUAGAUAUUGAUUUAGUCUCUAUAUUUUCAUGUGACUAACAGCAUACAGCCUUUAUUUUAAGAUAUUGUAGCUAUGCAGAGACUUGACAAAUUACAUGCAAAAAUUAUUUAGCAUGUCGUGAUCUUUUCAAAUGACAAGUCAUAGUAUUAUAAAGGUGCCAACCCAGACUUUAAAAUUCUCUGCCUUAAGCCGGGGCCACACUGCCUGUAUGUACAGCGCAGAGCUGCUGUGUGUGUCACGCGUUUGGCGUCCAAACAGACAGCGUUGAUGCUGCUGCCAGGCUGUCUUUCUACGGAAAGUUUGCCAUUCAUAAUGGCCAGAAGGUUUCAUUGCAUUCCAUUACAAUUUAAUUUAUAUUUGUUUCAGAAGUUAAGAAGCGUGUGCUCAUUUUCAAUAAUAAUAACACUCUAUUCAUUUAUGGAGCCAUGCAAGGCACUGCCCUGCAAAUAUUUAAGAAUAAAAGCCUAAGUGAAGGGACGCUGUUCCAGAAAGAUCCCUGAGGGCUUUCAUUUUGAAACGUAAACAGGACAUGUCGAGUUAAAAAUAAAUAUGAACUUUUUCUGUCUGCGACAUGUUCUAAUGAUAACGACAUUGAAGCUGUUGUGCUGUUAAUGGUAUGAAAAGAUCAUUUUUGCAGCCUACCUUUGCUGUGAACUGUGUGGUAGGCAGAAAAAUGAGGCAAAGUAAUUUGGGAUGUUAAAGUUAUGUUAGAUUUAACAAAGAUUUCCCUGCACAUUUAAAGUUACACUGUAAACACAAAUUCUCCCUUCAAAUCAUCUUACACAUCCUGGUCACUAACCUGUACAGUGCAUCAACCAAUCUGUUAAAUCCUAAACUAACUUAAGGUGCCUUGAGACUAUAGCUCAGUGCAUCAAUCUAGUGCAUGCUGUCAAUGCAUAAAUAACUGUAGUGGUAACUCUUCUGUUAGUACUAAAAUAAAAUAAAACAAACAAUACCACACAGUUAACUCUGAAACUAAGAACAUGAAACAUUUGGUCCAUUAAUAAAGAGAAAUGAUGCAGUAUACCUCAAUAUACUCACAACAUUUGAUCUUUGUGCUAGCUCAAACCCUCGUAUGGCGGCCACGCACACCAAUCCCAUACAGCACAAGCGCUGCUCACACAGGCAGUGUGUUUGCUCGGACCUGUUAAUACAGGCGCCCAAAUAAAAAGCAAGGGAGCGUGGCCCGGGCGUCAGUGAAAUGUUAUAAAGAGCCAAAUUCAGAUCAAAAGAGUUUGGAUGUUCCAGGUGUCAGCCAUUUAUCACUGUCGCACAGAUUGUAGCUUCUGCCUCUUCUUUGGAAGAGGUUGGUUGGAACCCAGAACGGGGCGCAUGCAUACAGUCUUUUUUCAGGAUAUUGUACCCUCAAAGUUGCAAGCCAUGCUAGUUUUAUUUACUCCUACAUCAGCAUGGCAAAUGGAUCAUGACAUGGACAUGUUUGAUGUUCAAUAUUAGCUUACAAAUUGAAGCUGAACUCAUUUUUUAAAUAAUGAAACCUUUUAUUAGAUAGCUACUAGUGCUGGGCAAGUUAACGCGUUAAUUUCGCGUUA